CUAGGUGCAUGCAUAUCAGAUGGGGGUCAUAAAUGAACAGGGCCAUCAGCCAUGGCCCCUACACGGCGGCUCGGCCUAUGUCCGUCAUAUAAAGACGCCCACCGAGCUUUCGUUUCUUUGCCGCUAGUUUCUCAAUCUAAAAUGAUAUUAUGCUUUAAAUCAUUAUAGAUCUGAGUUGGGUUUUCUGUUUUCUGUAAUGGCUUGUGGGAUGAAGCCUUGGGUGGUGGUGAUUGCUCUGACUUGGUUUUUAAGCCUGCAAGAACAUUCUUCUUCUGUUCAUGGAAAGCCACAAGUACCUUGUUUCUUCAUUUUUGGAGACUCACUGGCUGAUAAUGGCAACAACAACGUGCUUGAUACUUUGGCUAAAGUCAAUUACCAGCCUUAUGGUAUCGACUUCCCUAGUGGCACAGCAACCGGAAGAUUCAGCAACGGUCGAACCACCGUCGAUGUUCUCUCUGAACUUUUAGGCUUUGACAACUAUAUUCCACCAUUUGCUUUUGUUAAUGGCUCUGUCGACAUACUUAAAGGUGUGAACUAUGCUUGUGGCGCUGCAGGAAUUCGAAAAGAAACUGGCAAGCAAUUGGGUGCAAGAAUCAGCAUGGGCAGACAGUUAAAGAACCACAAGAUUAUAAUCUCACGCAUUGUCGACAUACUUGGGAAGAAGAGCUUAGCCCAAAAGCACUUAAACAAGUGCUUAUAUUCAGUUGGAAUGGGCAGCAAUGACUACAUCAACAAUUACUUCGUGCCUCAGUAUUACCACACCAGCAAAAAAUUUACCACUGAGCAAUAUGCUGAAGUUCUCAUCAACCAAUAUUCUUGGGAAAUACUGAAGUUGUACAAGUAUGGAGCAAGGAAGGUGGCUUUGGUUGGAUUGGGACUAAUAGGCUGCACCCCAAGUGCAAUUUCUUCCUUUGGCACAAAUGGGUCAGCAUGUGUAGACACAUUGAACAUUGCAGCGCAACUGUUUAACCGAAGGCUUGUAUCACUUGUGGACAAGCUCAACAGCAAUUUGACAGAUGCAAAAUUCAUCUAUAUUAACAGCUUUGAAAUGGGUUCUGGAGAUCCUGCAGCUGCUGGCUUCACAGUUUCGAAUGUUGGGUGUUGUGCGGUAAAUGAAGUUGGUCAAUGUAAUGUUGACCAUACUCCAUGCAAAAACAGGACUGAGUACGUGUUCUGGGACGGAUUCCAUCCUACUGAAGCCUUGAACCGAAUCACUGCAAUCAGAUCAUACAAUGCUUUUAACCCUGUAGACACUUAUCCAAUGGAUAUUAGUCACCUUGUUCAGCUACAAAUUAAUAACCCAGCAACUCCAGCUACCAUUGGAAUUCAGACCUGUGGGUUUUAUGUGAUUUCAAUGGCUUGUGUAAUGAAGCUUUUGGUGGUGGUGAUUUCUCUGUCUUGGGUACCAAGUAUGCAACAUUCCUCCUCUGUUCUUGGAGAGCCAGAAGUGCCCUGUUUCUUCAUUUUCGGGGACUCACUGGCUGAUUGUGGCAACAACAAUGUGCUUAAUACUACGGCUAAGGUCAACUACGAGCCAUAUGGUAUUGACUUUCCUUAUGGACCAACUGGAAGGUUUUGCAACGGCCGCACCACCGUUGAUAUACUUACUGAACUUCUGGGAUUUGAAAACUACAUUCCACCAUUUGCUUAUGCUAAUGGCUCUGCCAUACUCAGAGGUGUAAACUACGCAUCCGGUGGAUCAGGAAUUCGAAGAGAAACCGGGAUGACAACGGGCACAGUACUCAGCAUGGGAAAACAGUUAAAGAACCACAGGAAAACAAUCAUGCGCAUCGUCAGCAUGCUAGGAAAGAAAAGCUUGGCCAGAAAGUACUUGAACAAGUGCUUAUAUUCAGUCGGAAUGGGCAGCAAUGACUACAUUAACAAUUACUUUUUACCUCAGUACUAUAACACCAGUCAAGAAUAUACAGUUGAGGAAUAUGCAGUAGUUCUUGUCGAACAAUAUUCUCGACAAAUACUGAGAUUGUAUGAGUAUGGAGCAAAGAAGGUUGUUCUGGGUGGACUGGGACUACUAGGCUGCACUCCAGCUGCAAUUGCUAGUUAUGGCACGAAUGGAUCAUGUUCCGAAGAACUCAACUAUGCAGCCCAACUUUUCAACCAACAGCUUUUAUCUCUUGUUGAUCAGCUCAACAGCAAUUUGACUGAUGCAAAGUUCGUCUACAUUAACAACUAUGAAAUCGGUUCAGCCAAUACUGCAGCUCUUGGAUUCACUGUUUCGGAUGCAGCGUGCUGUACACUUAACAGUGGUGGCCUGUGCGAGGUAGACACGACUCCAUGCCAGAAUAGGGCUGACUACGUGUUUUGGGACGGGUACCAUCCUACUGAAGCUUUUAAUAUGUACAGUGCCAGCAAAAGCUACAGUUCGGAUGAGUCUGCCGACACUUAUCCAAUGGAUGUUAGUCACCUAGCUGAGCUAGAAUUCAAUCCUGUGGUGGCGGAGAUGUAGAUACUUAGAGGCUAUGGAAAUUUUCGGUGGGAAUCUUAUUUCACUUUUUCUUGGUCUGUAGGGAAUCUUAUUUCACUGUAAUAAAGCUGUUUUUUUAAGCCUUUUUUUCCUGCUAAAAUUC